GCCGCCGCCGCCCCGCCCGGGACUGUGUGUGCGUGUGGAGCCGAGCGGAGCCGCCGGCCGUGCCUCGCAACCCGGGCACCCCCGCGUCCCCCCGCCCCGCGGCCGGCCCGGCCCCGCGCCCCCCGCCCGGCCAUGGAGCGCCGCACCCGGCUCGCCGCCGCCGCUGCCGCCGCCUGAGCGCCGCCGGGCUCCCGGCGCCCCGGGAAGCGGAGGGCAGGCAGCGGGCGGGGGCUGCCGAGCCCCGCCGCUGGAGCCACGGGACCGCCGCGCUGCGAGCGGCGGCAGCAGCCCGCGGAGGGCUCUCCCUCGCUCUUCUUGAUUCGUUUUUCCUGCCCCCCUUCCUUUCCGUUUUCCUUUUUUCCUUCCCUUUUUCAUUCCCACCGCAUUUUUCUCCCCUCCCCGUCUCGCCCGCCCGGCUCUGCGGCCGUGCUCGCUUCCCGGAGGAAGGCACCGCGCUGCCCCGGCGCCCGAGGAGAGGGGCCCCGCGUCCCGCCGAGCCCCAGGGCCCCUGCGGAUGUGCGAAGCUCUCCUCCGGCCGCCGUCCUCCCGCCGGGCGCAGCACCUCUUUGUCCUCCCGCACCUACAUUUUUUCAAUCCUGAUAUCCCUUAAGCAGACCUGAACUUAAACCACCGGGGUCGGGGAGGGGUUGGGGGGGCCCAGCGACGCUGCCAGACCGACCCCUGCCCAUUUCUCCUAAGGAACUCUCAUGGCUUCACGGCUGCAGACAAGUUGCCGUGCAUCUCGGUGGACUAUCGGAGUUUGCAUCCUGGCGGCCGCGCUCCUACCAGGGCUGCAAGCUCAGACUGUCUUAGUCAAUGACACAGUCUCGGGGUUUAUCGGAACAGACGUGGUCCUGCACUGCAGCUUCACCAAUCCACUCCCCAAUGUGAAGAUCACGCAAGUGACGUGGCAGAAAGCCACCAAUGGCUCCAAGCAGAAUGUGGCCAUCUACAACCCUGCCAUGGGGGUCUCCAUCCUCUCGCCCUACAAAGAGCGGGUGACUUUCCGGAAUCCUUCCUUCAAAGACGGCACCAUUCAGCUCUCUCAGCUAGAGCUGGAGGAUGAGGGAGUUUACAUCUGUGAGUUCGCUACCUUCCCAACUGGCAACCGGGAAAGUCAACUCAACCUCACUGUGCUGGCCAAGCCUACAAAUUGGAUGGAGGGCACCAAGCGACCACUUAUUGCUAAGUCUGGCAGGACAGAAAAGGUCUUGGUAGCUACCUGCACCUCCUCUAAUGGGAAGCCCCCCAGCACUGUCACCUGGGACACCAAGCUCAAAGGAGAAGCGGAGUUCCAGGAGAUCCGGAAUAGCAAUGGCACCAUCACCGUGAUCAGCCGGUACCGGCUGGUGCCGAGCCGGGAGGCCCACCGCCAGCAGCUCAUGUGUGUGGUCAAUUACCAGCUGGACCGCUUCACCGACAGCAUGACCCUCAACGUGCAGUAUGAGCCAGAAGUCACUAUCGAGGGCUUUGAUGGCAACUGGUUCCUCAACCGAAAGGAUGUGAAGCUGAUAUGCAAAUCUGAUGCCAAUCCCCCAGCUCACACCUAUGAAUGGAAGCUGCCAAAUGGGACUCUGCCAGGGAGCGUGGAAAUCCAGAAUAACACCAUCUACUUUAAAGGGCCUGUCUCCUACAGCGUGGCUGGCACCUAUGUCUGUGAGGCCUCCAACGCCAUUGGUACCCGGUCGGGCUUGGUGGAAGUCAAUGUCACAGAAUUUCCCUACACCCCGUCUCCAAUCGAUGAUCGCAAAUCCAUGGUGCAGCCGAACAUCCCCACACCGGUGAUUGGGGGCAUAGUGGGAGGAGUCUCGCUGGUCCUGGUGGUGGCCGUGGUGCUCUUUGUGGUACUCCGGCGCCGGCGUCACACCUUCAAGGGUGACUACAGCACAAAGAAGCACGUGUACGGCAAUGGCUACAGCAAGGCCGGCAUCCCGCAGCAUCACCCCCCCAUGGCCCAAAACCUCCAGUACCCCGACGACUCGGACGACGAGAAGAAGCCGGGCCCGCUGGGCGGCAGCACGUACGAAGAUGAGGAUGAGGAUGCAGGAGGCGAGCGCAAGCUGGGUGGCCCCAACAAAUACGACGAGGAUGCUAAGCGGCCUUACUUCACGGUAGACGAAGGGGAGGCGCACCCCGAACCUUACGACGAAAGGACACUCGGCUUCCAAUACGACCCCGAGCAGCUCGACAUCGCGGAGAACAUGGUCUCACAGAACGACGGAUCUUUUAUUUCCAAAAAGGAGUGGUACGUGUAGCUCGGCCCCACUUUGCUACAUACACACACACACACAUACCUGCAUACACACAUAUCACGAGUGAUGCCCUCCCACUCCCCUGCAUCCCUGCCGAGCGGAGCCGAGCGUGCGCGGCCGCUCGCACACACACACUGCACGCACAGUGCUCACCCCCCCGCACACGCACGCCUGCCCCGAGCGCUCAGCAGAGACUUUGGACGCUUCCAGCAGUGGCAGGAAGGGCGGGCUGGAGCGAGCGGGGAGGGCAGCUUUGCUUACAGAUCAUUUUUGGGGGGCGGACGGGAGGUGGGAGGUUGGGUAAUUAUUUUCUCAGUUUUUGGUUUUUGCUUUUUAAUUUCUCUUGAUGACUUUUCGUCCCCUUCUGUGGUGUUUGUAUUGGUCGGUGGCUUAGGUGUUACUAUUUGCUUUAACGACUGUUGCCCAGCCUGUAUAUUACACUCUUGUUUGUGUCUUCAUGUCUCAGAGUGCCCUUCGGCCCCACUUCCCUCCCCGAGGUUCCUCCUCCCACUUCCGCACCCCUGAAACACUGGAAUUUGUUUGUAUGUUGUCUUCUUUGUUGUUUUUUAACCUUGGGAGGGGGUCAAGUGGGCUGUCCGUAGAAGGACAGAGGCCAGGAAAGAUUAUGGCAGUGGAAACGUAGGUGCCAUUAUAAGGUGAACUGAUUUAUUGUUUUUCCCUAAUCACUUUGUUUUUAGUGGGGUCUGGGUACCAUUCCCAUUGCCCACUGCAUGCCUGGGGAGAUCCACUACCAGUUUUUAAUGACUCAAAAAAAAGGUGAAUUAGAAGAAAGGGGGGAGAAAAAGCCCUAGAACAAACCCCAGGUGCCUGGGCUGAUAGGAGGGCAGGGAAACAGCUGCCAUUUUUCUCCUACAAUUUAUUAUUCCCUGGCUUUUCAUUUUCUGUCUUUGUUUGAGUGUUCUUUUAAAAGAGAGGAAAGGAGUAUUUAUUGCUGACAUUUUUCCUCCUGUGAUGGCUCAGAGAAAUACUGCCUCUUUUUGUUCUUGUUGCUGUUGUUGUUGCUACUACCAGCCACAGAGCAGUUAACUCUGGCACUAUGGUUGUGCGCCGCGUGUCGUGCACACACCUCGCCUGGGGAAGGGGACCAACUGAUACCACUUUGCUUCUUCCAUAAACCCACUGCCUGAGCCUGGCAGGGCAGAUCUCCCAGCGUACCAUCCAGUGUCUUUGAGGGCUUCAGCACAGGAUCAGGCCCCUAAGUUUUAUUAUACCACUAAGACUUAAUUGUCAUGUGUUUACACUUUGUUUUUGGGGAGGGUGUCAGAGCGUGGGGGUACUUCUCUCUAACUCUCCUAGCAACAACCCCAGCCCUUAGAUCCAUUGCUUAGUCUUCAUUGAUUGCCACUUUUUCAAUAUCACAUCCCUCUUCUAAGCAAAGGCUUGGUAGACAGGGCAGGAGUGAGUGAGCCUGGGGUAUUGAUCUUGUCCUCCUUCCCUUGAGCCACUGUGUUGUGAUGAGGAGGCUUCGAUUGCUGCUAUCAUCUCUGCUCUGUGGAUAAAUGGGAUUCCAGACUUCAGGGCCCCUCUGUCUGACACUGACCAUAUCCAAAUCAGAUUCACUGGGUUGGGGCUUAUUUUUCUUCUUGUGGGUUGUUUUAAUCCUUUUUUUUUUUUUUUUUUUAAGUUGAUGUACAAAUAAAUCUUUUGUUUGAAAAGAAAUCCCCAGUUUUCUGAGCUGUAUUAUCAUGCACAUCUAAAAAUAGCAGCACUAAUUCUCCUCCUGCCUUACCCACUGGGUUUUGUUCCAUAGCAUCCAGCAGCUAUCCUGCUACAAAAGGGAGGGUGGAGAGUGAGACCCACGCAGAUGAGUGAAGGUCAGAUCUCUCAUCCAGCCUCCAAUGCUUUCCUUUAGCAUGUGGUGCUUGGUCCAGACAACAUGAAGCUCAGCCUGAGCCAUCCACAGUUUGUAGCUUGCUUCUUAUUGCGUUAGUGGUGUAGGGGAAUGGGAAAUCCAAUUGUUACCCUGUAAUCUUUCUGCUGUUCCUGCCAGCCCUUCAGGCUUCCUGGCUUCUGGCAGGACAGCCAAGUGCCACAGGAAGGCUGUUUUAUAUCCACUCAAAGCAGGGCAGACACAGAUUCCUUCGGGAUCUCUUGGGAUUGAACCUAUAAUCUGGAUCAGGACAGAGCAGCACUGCUGAGCACUGUACCUUAGCCACAGCUUACUUUAAUGUAACACGGGGUGUGCUGCAGAGCCUGCACAGUUUGUGGUUCAGAGAUAAUUCUCAACAAAGUCCAUUUCUCAAGUGAAUAAUCCUUUAGAUCUGAAUUUCACAACAAGGAUCUAAAAAGGGUUAUGACAACAUCUCCAACAUCAAACUCUGGGUGGUCCAUGACCACGCACAGGGUGGAAAUCAGUGGCACAGCCCCUCCUCUGCAUAUUUCCCCCAGGACAGAUACACACCGUGAGGAGAUGGAUUUGGAAGAAAACAACCUUUUAUAAAAUCUGCAGGGUCCAGCAGUGAUUCUUUCAUGUUCUGCAUCAGUCACAGGCAGGGACUACUGAUCUUAUUGGCAAAUUCACAUUGCAUUGACUCCACAGCCCUCCAGGGUCCCAGCCCACAGUGAAGUUGUGUCCUAAAGACCAAAGGUACAAAGCCUUGCAAAUGAAGCAGACGGAGCUGGAAGAGAACGGGACAGUAUGAGUGUCCCUGCGUUAAUGUGUGGCUUGCAGGAAGUAUGAACAAGGAGCCCUAAGAAAUAUGCUUUGGUAGUUGUUAGCCUUGCAUUUAGAGGUGUCAUUUUUUGAUAUGUAGCCUUCUUGGCUUACUCAGUGCCCAUUCAUACACGGUCCACAUAGUUAGCUGAAUGGGGGCUCAAAAAACAGUGGGACUGAGAGAAAGGAAAGGAGAUAGAGAAGCAAUAUGGUACUUCCAGGUGGCUGUGUGGUGCUUAUUUGCUAGCUGGAGUUAAACCACGACAAGCCUGUAUACAGUUCUCUUUCUGCUACAUCACACUUUUUUCUUCCCACCAGCACAAACAUAGAAAAGAGCUCAUCAGAGUGGUUCAGAAAGGGGGUCAAAUGGUUAUUUUUCAUCCAGAACCUGGGCAAGCCUGGAGUGGAAGAUCCUUAGACGGUAUUGCCUGGCACAACUGUGAGGUACCCUGCGAGGUUCAGGUACUUCAAGGUUCAGUAGUGCAUUCCUCUCGUCCUUCAGCAUUACUGCAUUGGUGCAAUUAUCCACACAGCCAUCGAGAAGUGCCACCUCUGUGCAGUGAUUUGCUUCUUGCUGUCCCUUGCAAGGUCAGCUAAUUGGCCUAGAGACUCUUGGGGUGGUAAUUAGCCAAAUAAUUAGCCGUUAAACCAAAGCAAGGUGGAAGAAAAAAGAAGUGUGCAGGGGAAAAAUCAGAUUGAUGUUUCAUCCGAGAGCUGUUUUGAUCCAGUAAUAGCAUCACUCCCUUCUCUGAGUUGAAUUGCUCUGAGGGGGCCAUUGAAGGUAAUUAGAUCAGGUUUUCCACCAGCGCCAGGAAGAAAGUGGUACCUGUUUCUACUCGAAUGCAAGGGUGAGCUCAGUAGAGAUGCCAAAUCAGAGACCAUGUGUAUCCUGGGAGGUUCUGCAGGGGAGCAGAGGUGCUGGAGACCGUGCAGUACUCACCCUGCAGGGACAAUCUGCCUGGUGGCCCCAAGGGCUGCGAGGGAAGGCAGAGGGGCAAUCUGUGCUUUCCUUGGGGGGUGGUGUCACUUGUCCCUUCGUGCCUCAAUUUCUUGCAGUGGUCCAGAUUCUGGCAUCCUGGACUCAAGCUGCUGGCUUUAAGUGGUGAUGCACUUACCACAGGCUGGGCCAGCUAAGCCACCUCUCCCAGGGACCCUCAGGCUACCUCAAGUGAAAAAUCCCCUUCUUCUCCACCCCCCUUUCAUCAGAGGUGCUACGGAGGUGUAAAAUGUCCCUGUGGGACCCUGCAAGGAGCAAGCAGAAGCUUCCAUUUGGGAAAUGGAAGCUGCCUUGGAGGCAUGGCCAGUUGCCCUACCUCCAUUUGAAGGUAUCAUUGUCCACAUUCCUUUGCUGGGUUCUUGCCAGUGAAGAGACAUAUCAACAUGGUGCUUUUCCCUUCCCAAGCCCUGGUCCUGGUUGGCAACUUGAGGCAAAAGUUGUGGAACCCCAAGGUUUAAGAUGUGCAUAUGGGAAAGCUGAACAGGCAGAUGAGGGGAGGUCGGUCUGAGCCCUGCGGUACAUUGCUCUGGGUCUCACCCACAUCUCGACAAAGAAAAUGCAGCUGAAUUUGGGCCAAGCCCCUGUGUGCAUUCAGGGAGUGGUACUGGUGCAGAUGCAUCUGUGUCACAACCCAAAAAGAGCCUGUAGUUUAUGUACAAAGACACCCUGGCUGUUUUCCUGCUGGGGCUUAUCUCUAAGAUUAUUCAUCGCGAUUCACCCUGGUGAUGUUAUUUUCCCUUAUUUAAUUGCCAGAUUCCUCCACCCCACCCCCGUUGUUAAAACA